AUGACAAGUCGUAAUUUAACAUCAAAUUUUUUGGAAUUUCGAAAUCGUGCUGCACGUGAUCGAAAUUUCCAUGUUGACGAAAAAGUAUGUUUAAUUAAUAAUACUAAUUAACUAUUCAUAUCAGAAGAAUCUUGACUAAACAAUAAAAACAAAAGUCCUAGAUAAGAAAUAAACUAAUUAUUCAAGUCUACUCAAAUCGUACUGUCUUAUUUUAAUUUGCGAAAUCAACUUUAAUAGAUGAUUAGAAAAACUUUUGCAAGAUUCGAUUUUAUUAAGAAUGUUCACAUCUUCAUAGAAUUCAUUUUCGUCGUUAAAAAAAAUAAUUUUUGAAAUGAACAUACAGAAAUGUGCUCUAAGGUUUCUACUUUAAAUAUCCAUUAUCAAAGUAUUGAAUGAUUUCUAAGUGAUGUAAUAAAAGUUUCUGAAAUUUUCUAUAG